AUGAUGCAAUCGCCCGCCAAUGACGGCUCUGACGUCAACGCCAUCUACCGCAUCGCACAACAUUGUUUCGAAACCAGUCCAGCAGCUCCAAAAAGAACCUUCAUUCACCAAUUUCAUCAACUGCAUCACCAAAUCGCCAUGCCUGAGGGACGUCAAUCUCCUCCUCCCGAGCGCCAAAGCGCUGCCCAAAUAGGGAACACUGGAUCCGGCAAAGCCUCAGAUGUCAGCAAGACCAGCCAGAAGGACCCAAAGUCCCAACUUGAUUGUCUCACGUCGAACCCCAAGGGGCCGAUGGACGAUGUGCUUAAACACAAGUUCUCCAGGGAGCCUGGAAACUACACUCCGUUGAACGCUUAG